AUGACACAUAAUAAUAUGGAAUUGAAUAUUUCAUCAGAUUAUAUUUUUGAUCGACUUGUCCGAUCAAAUCGAGGUAAUAUUCGUGUUCGAAUACAUGAUCUCUUUGCAUUUAUUCUCAUCAAACUUAAUUUAAUCAUAUGUGAUGUCUAUAAUGGUAGAAAAAAAAAAAAAGAUGAUUUUCUUAAUUGUAAUAGUCAUGCAGCAUUAUUUAUUACAUUAGAUAAUGAUACAAAAUUUUUAUAUAAUACUGGUUUUUUUUGA